CAUUUCGCUUUUCUCUGUCUCUCUACCUUAACCUAGCUCUUCGUCCCCUCUACCUGUAGUAGCCGCACGGGUAAGGGGAGCCCUUGAUCGGCUUAUGCCCGUACUUGCGCCACGAGAACUCGUCCGCCGGGAGGAGGAGGAGGACGAGGCCUCGGGUCGGUGGGGGAUGGGCCGGGGCGGAAGCGGGCGUGGCCAGUCCGGUUGAGGAUGGAGAUCAUCUUGCGGAACUUGGAGACCGUCUGAUCGGCGAUCUCCUUGCAAUCCAACGGCUGAUACGGCCCCGCCGGCUGCGAGAGCUGGAACACAUGUGCUCCAAGCUCCGCAGCCCCGCCGCGGCCGCCUCCUGGAUCGCCGCGUGCUCGUCGAUCUUCGCGCACCCCAUCAGAUCUACGGUCAUCCUAUUCUUCUUUUCCUUUCUCCUCCCCUUUCGUCUCCGCUACUUUAUCCUCUCUCUCUCUCUCUCUUCUCUUCUAAUUUCCUCUUUCUCUCCGCUCCACCUGCGGCUCCAGCAAGCCCCGCGCCUCCGUCUUCAUCGGAAGCGAGCCUCGCGCCUCCGCCGCCUGUGGCUCCAGCACCCCCACGGGGGGCUUCGCUGCAGGCCACCGCGCCGCGUCGCCUCGUCGAGCCGCACCUGCGCGUCGCCUCGUCGAGGAGCAGGUUCAAGCCGCACCUUCACUGCAGGCGAGCCGUAGCUUCAAGCCGUCACCUGCGUGUCGCCUCUACAUCCCCAAUUAUUCGGUGGUGCACGAAAAGGGGCUUUUGCCACAGCAACUUUGAAACACCAACAUAGGAUGCGUGGCAUAGAGAAAGGCAAUGGAGCGCCAUCCAAUGUAGUAGAUGAAGAAUCUACUGAAGGAAUACUUAAAAUAUCCAAAUCCUAAAAGCACACUUUCUCCUUGUUGGUUCAAUUUGGUUUUAAUGCAGUUCUUUUUCCCUCUUCUCAAGGCUCUUCCAUCUAUUGGCAUCCCAAAGAGCCACAGCAUGCAGCUUCCGACAAUAAGCAUCCCUUCAACAGCUGGUUAUACAUCAAGCCUUCUUGGUUAUUCUAUUUUCCCACAGCUGCAAGGUAUUUUGCAAGCAAAUAUGCUCCAAAGGGACAAUAUUCUUAUUUUGAUGAAGCAGUUGAGCAUUAGUGAGCAAUCCCCCGAGGGAGUAUUACCAUCAGUUCCUGCCAUUGUAACCGAAAAGUCUUGGGUUUUGGGUUUUGUGAGCACCGCGUUGGGUUUCACCAGAUUCGGCGCCGGAUUAACGGCCGGGGUUGUGAUUGGGGCCGAGAUGUCUACAUCCUGUUAAGCAUAUUGUCUACAUCCUGAUUUAUAAGAGGUGGUGAUGAGAAAUAUUUUGGCAGGUCAUUGGUGAUGUAUUGAAUCAAGUUUAAAAAUUUAGGCAUAUUUUGAAAACUUUACAUUUGAUAGCAUGUGGAAAUGACAAAAACACUAUUAUUGUGUUUUGUUUUUUGGUUUUGUUGGGUGAUUAUUUUACUUAUAUAUGAUGAUUCAGUUUUACUUAUAUAUAUUGUCCCAAACUUCUUUAUGUUGUGAGAGACACAAUUCGAUGCAAAAUGUAGAAUUUCUGAUUGUUGA